CUUGAUUCGAAAAUAUUUGGAAUACAGUUGGACGCAUAGUGAUACCCAAAUGAACAUCAAAUAAUGGCGGACAAUUCUGCAAAUAAAAUAAUAUCAUUAUAUAGUUUUACUAUUCCCAGUUCUGGUGAUAAAAUCUAUAAAGAAGAGUGUGUAUAUUGCUUUGAUUCUGCGAUAUCAGAUGGAGGUUUAUAUGUUUGUUUAUCAACACUUUGGUCUACUUGUAGAAGACACCUUCAUAUACAUGUUCGAAAGAAAGAAAAAACUGUAUUUCUUCAUUUAAAGAAAAUAGAGGUUAUCAAAGAUAAUGAAAGUUGUUCUCCUGAAAAGAAACCAACAAAGCUUGCAAUAGGUGUAGAGGGUGGAUUUGAUGUAAACCAAGACAAGACAGAAUAUGAAGAUGUCAACUGUCUGGUGCUAACUGACUUGAAUGGAGUAGAAGUUAAGCGAUGGAGUCUUCCAGACAUAACUUUACCAAUCAAUGCUCAGCUUUCAAUUACAGCAGUAUUGACAUUACAAGGAGCUACUGUUCAAGAUACAAUACAAGCUUGGCAAGAGAAACGUAAUGUUUCUAGGCAUGCUAUGGAUUUAAAACAACUUAACAAUGGUGUGAAGGUUUUUCCAAGAGGAUGGAAGUGUGCCCAUUGUAACUUGACAACUAAUUUGUGGCUAAAUUUGACAGAUGGAACUAUUUUAUGUGGAAGAAAAUAUUUUGAUGGAUCGGGUGGUAACAAUCAUGCAGCAGACUAUUACAAACAAACAGGCUAUCCAUUAGCAGUCAAACUUGGAACAAUAACAGCAGAAGGUGGGGAUGUAUAUUCAUAUGACGAGGAUGAUAUGGUGGAAGAUCCAAAAUUAUCUCAGCACCUACUCCAUUUUGGAAUAAAUAUUGACCAGUUAAAAAAGACAGAUAAAUCAAUGACAGAGUUAGAAAUUGAAGCAAACUUGUCUUUAAAAGCAGAAUGGGAUGCAAUACAAGAAUCUGGAAAAAAGCUAGUCCCACUAUAUGGACCUGGCUACACUGGAAUGAUUAAUUUAGGGAACAGCUGCUAUAUGAAUUCGGUGAUGCAAGUAUUGUUUUCAUUUAAAGAAUUCCAAGAUGCAUUUGCUUUGCCGUCAGAGCAGAUUUUUGAAACUUCUCAAGCUAUACCUCCAUUAGAUUUAAAUAUUCAACUUGCUAAACUUGGAGCAGGUUUAUUGAGUGGUAUUUAUUCACAGCCCCAGUACGAAAAUCAGGAUCAGUUGGGUGUGCGUCCUCAAAUGUUAAAAUCAUUGAUAGGACAAGGACAUGCUGAAUUUUCAACAAACCAUCAACAAGAUGCUCAUGAAUUUUUUUUGCAUUUACUUAAUAAAGUUGAAGAUAAUCUGUCGACACCAUUACAUAAAUUAUUUAGUUUCCAAUUUGAAGAAAGACUACAGUGCAUGCAGAGUAACAAGGUGUCUUAUUCAAGACGAACUGAUAUGGUCUUAAGUCUACCUGUUCCUCUUCAUGCAGCUACAAAUAAAGAUGAGUUUAAAAAAUUUGACGAAAAAUACAAAGAAGCAAAACAGAAAAAACUCUAUACUGAGCCUAAUUCUAUUGUCAGACUAAAAGUGCCGAUGUCUGCCUGCUUAGAAGCAUUUAUAGCUGAUGAUAUAAUUGAAGGAUAUUAUAGUUCUGCUGUGAAAGCCAACACUGUUGCUAAAAAAAAGAUAAGGUUUGCAACAUUUCCACAAUAUCUAGUUGUGCAACUUAAAAAGUUUACAGCAGGCGAUGAUUGGAUGCCGCAAAAACUUGAUGUGAUGGUUGAUGUUCCUGACGAGCUUGAUCUAAAUCAUCUUAGAGGUAAUGGUUUGCAACCUGGUGAAGAAUUGCUUCCAUCAGAAGAGUUAUCUGCCCCAGGGCCAACUGCUAAUGAAGAGUAUGUUAGUCAAUUAAUGAAUAUGGGUUUUUCAUUUGAGGUUUGCAAGAAAGCUGUUAUAUUAUCUAAUAAUCAAGGUAUUGAAGCAGCCAUGAAUUGGAUUUUUGAGCAUUCUGAAGAUCCUGAUUUUGAAUCACCUAUUGUUCAGCCAUCUUUCUCACAACCCUCCUCUCUGGAUCCUUCUGCUAUUGAUUUAAUUGUUUCAAUGGGUUUUGGAAAAGAACUUGCUAUAUUGGCAUUACAAAAAAAUCAAAAUAACAUCGAAGCUGCAACAAAUUGGAUAUUUUCUCAACAAGAUGAGUUUUUCCCAACUCAAGAUUGUGAUCCAACUCUACCGAUUGAAAAAGCUAAUGAAAGUGAAAAAGAUAUCAGUGAUGCUACUGACGGAAACUUGAAUGACGGAAAAUACAGAUUAAUCGCAUUUAUUAGCCACAUGGGAACAUCAACCUCUUGCGGUCAUUAUGUUUGUCAUAUUUAUAAAGAUAACAGAUGGGUGAUUUACAAUGAUAGAAAAGUUGCAAUUUCAGAAAAACCUCCAAAGGAGCUAGGAUAUAUAUAUUUUUACAAACAAAUAACAAAUGUAUAGGUUCAUAAGUUAAUUAUAAUUAUAUUUUCAAAAUAAACUAAGAUAUAAUAAA